AAGAAUCAGUCUUUACAUCCCUUUUCGUUGUCAAUCUCUAAGCCAGAGCCCAGAGCCUUCUCUUUGCUUUGUUAAGGUUCUUCAACUCUGACUUCCCUUCUUUCAUUUGUCGUUUCUUUCUUCUCUUUAAUUCCUUUUGUCUGAUAAAUUCUUUGAUUCUGGUUAUCUAAUAAGUUUUCUGGGAUUUCAUGAGCAAUAAUUUUGUCAGAGAAACAUGGAGUUAUAUCUGGUUUGGGUUUGACUAGAGAUUAUGGAUCCAAGUUUCACUGACUACUCAGAUUUCACAAACAGUUUCAUAAUACAAAACCAUUCCAUCAACUUGUUCUCUUUCGAAGAGCCAUCUUUUCCAUCGACCACAGUGAGCCCAGGUGAAGAAGAGGGUGACUCCAACGAUGAAAACGAGUUCUCAAUCUACGUUCUCAAGCUCAUCAACCAGAUCCUCAUGGAAGAAAACAUGGAGGAGGAGGAGACCAGUAUGUUUAACGACCCAUUGGGUCUUCAACUCACGGAGAAAUCAUUCUACGAUGCUCUUGGCGAGAGCUAUCCCUAUUCAACCAAUCAGUCUCUCGAAAACCCAGAUACCAAUUUUCCAGUAAGUUCUUCAUUGCAGCCCUUUGUUCCCAUGGACAACAAUUUUCAGCUUGAUUUGGCCAUGGCCCAGAAAAUAUUUAGGGAAACUGAUUCAAUCUCCCAGUUCAAGAGAGGGUUUGAGGAAGCAAGUAAGUUCCUCCCCAAAGGUGAUCAGCUCAUCUCACCCCAGUUGAAGAAUCAUCAGAACGAAGAAGAAGAAGAAGAAGAAGAAGAAAGAAGUAAUAAGAAGUCUGCACAUUACAUAGACGAGAGUCACUUAUCAGAGAUGUUUGAUAGAGUUUUGCUUCAAGUUGACCCUAGGUGCGACCAGUGCUGUGAACCAAGCAAAGUCAGUGGUAGAAAAGGUCGUGGGAAGAGGCAAAAGAAGAAGAAGAAGGAGAUUGUGGACUUGAGAAACCUCUUGAUUUCGUGUGCACAAGCAGUGUCCAUUGAUGAUACAAGGGCUGCACACAAGGUUCUGAAGCAGAUUAGGGAGCAUUCUUCUCCUAAUGGAGAUGGAUCACAGAGAUUGGCUCAUUUCUUUGCCAAUGGUCUUGAUGCUCGUUUGGCUGGAAUUGGAAGAGGAGGAAGCAGUGUCUAUAGUCCCUUACUUGGUAGAGUGAAAGCUUCUGAUCUUUUGAAAGCAUUCCACCUUAAUCUGUGCUCCUGUCCUUUCAGGAAAAUGGCUAUGUUGUUUGCAAACAAGAGUAUUAUGCAGGUAGCUGAGAAAGCAACAACUCUUCACAUCGUUGAUUUCGGUAUCCUCUAUGGUUUUCAGUGGCCAAUCUUCAUCGAACGCCUCUCGAAAAUGCCUGGCGGACCUCCUAAUCUGCGCAUUACAGGGAUAGAGUUCCCACAAGACGGUUUUCGCCCCAAGGAGAGAGUCGAAGAGACGGGUAGGCGCCUAGCAGAGUACUGCGAACGGUUCGGUGUGCCUUUCAGGUACAAUGCCAUAGCAACAAAGAAUUGGGAGAGCAUCAGGGUCGAGGAGAUUGAGCUCGAAAGCAACGAAGUUGUUGCUGUGAAUUGCAUGAUGCGGUUGAAACACAUCAUAGAAGAAAGCGUCGAAAACUGCCCGAGAAAUGCUGUUCUGAGCCUGAUCAGGAAGAUGAAUCCAGCCAUUUUUGUCAACAGCAUUGUGAAUGGUUCCUACAACGCUCCAUUCUUUGUCACUCGCUUUCGCGAGGCGCUCUUCCACUACUCUGCCUUGUUCGACAUGUUGGACGCCACGGUGGGCCGCGAGAACCAAGUGAGGGUGUUGUAUGAAAGGGAGAUAUUUGGCCGGGAGAUUGUGAAUGUCGUAGCGUGUGAAGGUGAAAAGAGAGUGGAGAGGCCGGAGACCUACAAGCAGUGGCAUGUUCGGUGCUCGAGAACCGGUUUUCGCUCGCGCCCUCUCGACCAAGACAUCAUGAGAAAAUUUAAAGAGAAGUUGAGAACAUGGUACCACAAGGAUUUUGUGAUUGAUCAAGACAGUAAUUGGAUGCUUCAGGGAUGGAAAGGAAGGAUUGCUUAUGCUUCCUCAUGUUGGCUCCCUGCAUAGGAAGGAAGGAAGGAAGGAACCUCAUUCAAUUCAACAUUUACUUGUUCAAACACUCUACUCAUUAGUAGAGUGUGUGUAUGGCUACAAGAGAUGUAAUAGAUUAGCUAUGAGAGGGUAUCAAUUCAAGUUUUGAUGUACUCUUUUCUUCUGUUUUGAAACUACAAAUGCAGUGGUUGUUACCUCUUAUCAAUAUGGGCUCUCCCUAAGCCAUUUUUAGGAUAAAAUUUAGGAGUCGUUUGGUAUGGUGUAAAGUAAAGGUGGGAAUGAGAAUCUAAAAAGCUUUCUCAUGUUUUGUUCAAAUUUGAAAGGGUAAAGUUAAUAAUUUAUGUGAGUCCCACAUGUAUUUUAAGGAGUGUUUGUUUUGACUAGUUGAGUUGCAUUGAAAAGUAUAGAUGAAUUUUAGGAUGGAGGGAAUAUUAAACUCUAAUGUACAAAAAUGUUCACUUUA